AUGGGCAUGGCGGCGCCGGGGCGGAUCAGAGGCAAGAGCAAAGCGGGCGAUGCUGGCGAGGGCUGGGCGUGCCUCGCGGCCGAGCAGCGCGAGCCGCGCGAGCUGACGGACGCGGGCAUCGUGGAUGCUCCUGAAGCCCCGAGUGGCGACGAGGGCCACGCGGCAGUGCGGACAGAGUUGUCGGAUUGCCUGGAGAAGGAAGUUAAGGGCAUCGCCGCGGGGGUGUCGCUCUUGCGCCCCGAGCGGGACAGCGAGAGCAAGUGUGCAUUUGCUUGUGGCCUAUGCCCGUUCCGAUCGUUCUCGACGCAGCUGCUCUUGCGCGCUCGCGUCUCCAAGUGCCGCGUCAGGGAGACGCGCUUCGUGGCGUCUGGCGCGAAGCAGUUCGACGUCGUGCGCGCGCCGUUCGAUAACGAUUGGCUCCUGCGGGCUCCACCGGGCGACUUUCUGAAGCGAUCUGCGACGACCACGCGCGAGACAGUGUCCCCUGCUGUUCAUCGCGGACAAAACGCGGUUGACCAAGACGUUGUCCUUGUUCUCGACGACGACGGGCCGUCGUAUCAGAACAAAGCUGCAGUCGGGCGGAGUCUCGCGCACAGGCGAGUGGGGUGCACUUACUAUACCCGUGGCUUCGCGGACGUAUUGAUGCAGGAAUCCUUGCGCCACCAUGGGCGCGUUCGCCCGGCGAUGCUGCGGGCGUGCGCUCGCGUCGUGGAGCCGGGCUCUGAGUUGAGUAGCAUGCUGCCGACGCGCGUUGAUCACUGGUUAAAGCUCAUGGAAGACGUGUUCAACAGCGCGCGCGUAGAGAAGCGCAGCGCUGCGUUGAUGGAGGAAUGCCGGAAACAUGAAGACUUCCUCCACGUCUCCAUGGGCGCCAGCAUCCGCAUUCUGCGCAGGGUCAAGGGUCUUUGGUCGGAGGCGCGCAGAUCGCAGACUGUGUCCGUCGCCAGUGACCAGCCGAGCAGCGUGUUAUACCGCGCGUUGCGAAGCUCGUGCUUCUCCAACCUAGUUUAUCUGAGCCUCGACCCGGUUCAUUUGCCCAUCGCGUACGAGGAGACGCACUGGAGGAAAAAGACAGUGGGAUCAAAGCUAUUGCGCAUAAUCGUGGCUAAGUUCACGAAGGUAAGCAGCGCGCUGCUGGCGCAAUUCUGGGGCGCGCCGUUCGACGGAACGAAUGCCCCGUCUUUGCGACCAAUAGAGGAGCGCGCGCGACAGCAGAUGCUCGACCAUUCACUGUCGAAGUCGCGAGUUCAAUCUGUGAUUGACAAUGUGAGCGCCGAGCUGCCAUGGAGAACGACGCGCGACUUCAUUGAAUCUAUCGCCGCGUUGAGCGCGUUGGUUCCAGAAGAGCUUGCUCGUCGCACUCACGUGAACAACGUUCAGCUCAAGAGGCGUGCCUCGCAGCAGCACUUGCGCGCCCGCGUCCGCGAGGACACCUGCUGCGGGUACGGGUCCAAGAAGCUGUUCCUGGGGGGCAAGUGUGACAGGGCCCGUGCUGACGCUGCGGCGUUGGCAGGGCCGAACAGGUCUGCGUCCUCUGCGACUGUUGGUCCGGACGAGCUGGCGGCAGUGCGCAUGGCGGUCGACGGCCUCCUUGCGGCCACGGGGGCCUUGCAGGCACAGCCCGAGGUGGCUCAGGCGGUCGACGCCAUCGAGUGUAUGGUCGGGCGCGCACCAGCCGCCCAGGUUCCAGUCGUGGCGCAGGCGCCACCGCCCACCGCCCCAGCUGCUGAUCCCGCGGCCACUCCCGCUGUGCCGCUUGGUCCCCGAAGCGACGUUGUCCUGCCGCAGGCGCCGCAUUAG